AUGGACGACAAUGACAGAGCCAUCUCCCGUUUGUUUAGGACGUACAAGACGGUAAAAGAAAUGGUCAAGGAUAGAGGCUAUUACAUAUCCCAAGAAGAACUCGAAAUGACUUUGGAGCAGUUUAGGUCCAAGGUAUGUAACUCCAUGGGAGAGCCACAACGUAAACUCAUGUGCUUCCAAGCCACGCCUAAUGCUGAACAGUUGGAGAAAUUCCCUGAUAUGGGAUCCCUUUGGGUUGAAUUUUGUGACGAGGCUAGUGUUGGUAUCAAAACGAUGAGGAAUUUCUGUAUACAUAUAAGUGAGAAAAACUUUAGUGUCGGUAUAUUCAUCUAUCAAAAUGGUAUAACUCCAAGUGCAAACAAAUUGAUCCCGACUGUGCAGCCAGCAACAAUUGAAACUUUCCAAGAGAAUGAUUUGAUUGUAAAUAUAACUCAUCAUGAAUUGGUACCAAAACAUAUCAAGUUGAGUAGGGACGAAAAAAAGGAGUUGUUGGAGAGAUAUAGAUUAAAGGAGUCACAGUUGCCGCGAAUUCAAAGAGAAGACCCAGUUGCUAGAUACCUUGGGUUGAAAAGAGGUGAAGUGGUGAAAAUUAUUCGAAGAUCGGAAACUUCUGGACGUUAUGCAUCAUAUAGAAUCUGUUUGUAA